GCUCUAGAUGCUCUAGCAUGAAUGCGCGCCGCGCGCUGGCCUUUGCUUUGUGAUAUAGGGGACCCACAGUCACGGUGCGAAGGCAACGUCUGAGACCCAAUUCGUCAGCGCAGCCAACUAGCGCCCCAGAGGCUGGGAGGCCAAAUCUCCAGAGGGGGGCUCUGGGACUAAUCUCCGUCGCGGCGGGGACCAAUUACUCUCAACCUCGCGCCGUCGGCGACCAUAGUCAUCAUGGGCAUGAUGGACGACCUCCAGAAGCGGCUCGAGAAGUUCGGCAAGGACGUCGAGCGCUCCGUGACCGGCAAGAAGAAGCCGAAAGGCGGCCAUACGUUAGGAGGCGCGGCGGACAGCGCGCUCGAGCACGCCUUCGACGCUUCUCGACCGCUGGGCAUGACGCUGACCAAGGCCGACGACGGCCGCGCGGAGGUGACGGGCGUCGCGCAGCAGGGCCAGGCCGAGUCCAAGGCCGUGCGGAUCGGGGACGUCGUCGCCGCGCUCGACGGCGCCGCGACCGACUACGACGGCUUCGUCGCGGGCGUCGCGGCCGCGCGGUCGACGGGCGCGCGGAUGCGUGUGCGCUUCGCGCGGCCGCUGCCGCGCGGCGCCGCCAAGAAGGCGGCGCCGCUCUCCAACGAGCAGCGCGACGCGCGGCGCGACGCCAUGGCGCGCGCCGCCGAGAAGCGCGGCCAGCCGGCGCCGCGGAAGAAGAAAGCGGCGGACGCGCCCAAGUCGCCGACGGUCUUCGAGGACGGGCCGCGGUCGGCCGAGACGCAGGCCGCCUGGGAGCGCGCGCAGCGCGGCGACGACCGCACGCGGCGCGACAUGGGCUACGACCCGUUCCAGGCCGUGAGCAGCGCGGGCACGCUCGAGCACGAGCGGGCCGCGCUGCGCCAGCAGCCGGAGCCCUUCGCGGGCGGCGGCCGGCGCCUCGACGGGCAGGCGGCGUGCCCCGAGGCGGAGGUGGCCUGCGAGGCGCUGGAGCUCUGCGUCGACAAGGCGGCGGCGCUCACGUGCGCCGAGACGGUGCUCAAGCUGCUGGGGAACGCGGCCAAGGGCGACGCGAAGUUUAGGAGGGUGCGCCUCGGCAACAAGGCCGUUCAGGAAAGAAUCCUCGCCGUCGACGGGGGCCUCGAGGCGUUGUGCGCGGCGGGCUUCGAGCUCGCGGAAGACGGCGACGAGACCGUGUUGCUCUUGAAGGACGGCUUCGACGCGGCGCGGCUCGACGCGGCGACCAAAACGGUCGCCGCGGCGAAGGCGCGGCUCUCCAAGUAGUUCUUCGACCGGCGCUGUCUUUAUCUCUCCUCGUCGUGGUGUCCGGUCGACUAGUUAUUGUGUAAAAGACUUA